GACGCAUCCUGUGGGCGGCGUGAGCGGGGCAUGCGUGACAGGGCGAACUGCGUCCGCGCGAGGCGCAUGCGCGCUAGGACCACCGUGGGAGCUUGAGGGCGGCCUAGAGGCUUGUCCCGUGUGAAGCCGCCUGCUCUCCACACCCCUUUGCCAGACAUGCAUGUCCUUAGAAAACCUUAAAUGGAAAAACAGCAACUGGAGAUUUCUCCUUUAUAAAGAAAGAAAGCCUCGCGGUGGAACAUCUGUUUGAUGUGAAGGAUGAACGCAGCACGUAGGGAUUCCGCAGGAAUGGGAAAACCGUCACCAUGAGUUUGGCAUCUCAUUGGUCAUAGAUCUUCCCCAGUGUUUUGUGACUGACAAGAUGCAGGUACUACGGCACUCCGAGCACACAUUGAAAACAGCUCUCCUCUCAAAGAACCCAGACCUCGUGUCCCAGUACGAGAAGUUAGACGCUGGGGAGCAACGGUUAAUGAAUGAAGCCUUCCAGCCACGCAAUAAUCUAUUCGAACCCAUUACCUUGCAUUCACAGUCAGACUGGAUCUCCUCCCACCCCGAGGCUCCCCAAGACUUCGAGCAGUUUUUCUCUGACCGCUACAGGAAGGCACCCAGCCCGAAGAAACACAUUAUCUACAUUCAGCCCAUUGGCUUUCUAGGCAACACCAGAGUUAUCAGUGAGGAGUAUAUUAAAUGGCUCAAGGGCUACUGCGAAGCCUUUUUCUACGGUUUGAAGGUGAAGUUCUUAGAACCGGUUUCUGUCUCUGCGACCAAGUGCUCCUUCAGAGUGAACGAGAACACACAGAACCUGCAGAUCCACACAGGGCACAUCCUGGCGUUCUUGAAGAGGAAUAAACCCGAAGAUGCCUUCUGCAUCGUGGGGAUAACGAUGAUCGACCUCUACCCCCGAGACUCGUGGAACUUCGUCUUCGGCCAGGCCUCCCUGUCAAGUGGUGUGGGCAUAUUCAGCUUUGCCAGGUACGGCAAGGACUUCUACACCUCGAAAUAUGAAGGCAGCGUGAAGGUUCCCCAGCGGACAGUCUCCAGUGACUACUCCAUUUUUGAUAACUACUACGUCCCUGAGAUCACUAGUAUUUUGCUGCUGCGAUCCUGUAAGACUUUAACCCACGAGAUCGGACACAUACUUGGAUUGCGACACUGCCAGUGGCUUGCGUGCUUAAUGCAAGGCUCCAAUCACUUGGAGGAAUCUGACCGUCGUCCUCUAAAUGUCUGCCCUAUCUGCUUACGCAAGCUGCAGAGUGCUAUCGGCUUCAAUAUUGUGGAGAGAUACAAAGCCCUGGUGAAGUGGAUUGACGAUGAGUCUUGCGGCGAGUCAGGAGCGACUCCGAAAAGCAGCUCUGAGCAUGUGUAUUUGCCGAAGCCUGUGGAAGCCUUCAAGGACUGGAGAGAGUGGAUACUCAGAUGCAUUGCUGUUCUUGAGAAAUAAGGACUUUCAGGCAGGAGUAACUGAAAUAAAUAAAUACUGCAGCCUAGGUGUUCGUGGGUAGAGCUGUUCAUUAGAGUAAACCAUCUGCUGAGUCUGUGCUGAGGCCAGUGACAUAGUAGAACGUGUCUGAAGCCCCUGCAGGGAACAGGGUUCACUCAGAACAGACCCUCUCUGCCUUUCUCUCGGUCUCACUAGCUGGUCUGUGGCAGUAGCCCCAUCCUUUCCACCCUUCAGUUAGGGUUAGGUGAAGCCAGAUGGUAAACAAAGAAAUACUUCAAAAGUCACUCCGUGUGGCCCAGGACUGAACCAGCACUGCCAGGUUGCUUUUGCUUUGAGAAGAGAUGCUGCCCCUUGUGAGGCACAGCCGAGUCACCAGGGCUUUGACCUGGCAUGGGCUGGCAUCCUUCUGACCUGCGGGUGCCCUUCAUGCUUUUCUGAGCCUGUCCCUGCAGGGAGAAAUGGCUUUACAUCAGUUCUCAGCCGUGAGGACAGGAAUGGUCCUUUCCCACAGCAGCUGGUGGUGGUUGGGGGGUGGGGUGAGGGGUAGAGUCCUCCAGGAGGGCCUCAGACAUAGCCAUCAGUUACAGCUGGAGGACUCUAAUAGUGCUUAUGUCUGUGUGGGCUGCACUUAUUCUGUAGGACUAGGUGGGACUGAAGUUUGUUCUUACAGCGUUUUGUCUACUUAAUUGCAUUGUGACAUGCUUGCAUAAGGAAGGGCGUGAAUGGACUACUUACCUGUCAGGAUGCCAAGAACACCUGUGUGGUCUGUCAGCCCUGACAUCAGUGAGUCGUGGUGAGCAGGUUGACAACCUCAGGCUCAACCAAUGUGUAAGAGCAAUGUACUUGGAGACCGGAAAGGAACGUCGUCCUUGCCAGUGGUGUAGUAGCAUGCCCUCCUCUUUGAUAUCUGUAGUACUGGGGUUCGUUUGGGUGAUUGUUGUUGUUAUUGUUGUGUUGUGUUGUUGUUGUGUUGUUUGAGACAGGGUCUCUUUAAGUAGCCCUGGCUGGCCUUGAACACAGAGAUAGAGAUCCCCUGCCUCUGCCUCUCAAGAGCUGGGACUGAAGGUGUGCGCCACCACACCUGGUUGUCCUGGGGCUUGACCCAGGGCCUUGUGCGAGCUUAGCGCUCUACAGCUGAGCGACGUCUCUGGCCCCCAGCUUCCCACUUUCCUAUUUUAUCUUGAAGGUAAGACUUCUCUCUUUCAUUUUUUAUUUUAAUGCUGGAGCAGGGUGGGGAGGUGGGGGUAGGGCUGAAGGACAACCUCGGGUGUCACUCCUCAGCAGUUAGGCUAGCCUGGCUGUCCAGUGAACCUCAGGGGUCCAUUGGCCUGCUCUCCUCCACCCCAGCCCAUGGGUCCUGGGUAUCACACGUGGGCCGCUGCUUACACAGUGAGCUGUUUCCAGCUCAGCUGUUCCAGCUCUCUUCUUCCAUUUGAAAUCUAAAUGAAAUCAUUGUUGUGACUUACACAGUGUAAUUAAAAGCAUGUUGACAACUGAA